GCUACGCUACGCAUUUCGUAUUUUAUUCGUUAGGGUGAUAUUCAAAAAUCAAUUAUAUUGGCGUUUGGAGUUUAUCUACUGUUCAUUCAAGACUCCAAGGGAAAAGGGGGGGGGAAAAUGACUUUUUCGAUUUUCAAAAGGAGGGAAGGUCACGAUCAUGAUCACGACCACGAUGAAUCAGCAAGCCCAAACCCAAACAUAUCUCCACCCCCUCGUUACUCCACCAAUAAUUCGCUUUCUCAUCCCCCUCCCCCCUAUUCCUCCACUCCACACCCUCCUAUACCAUCCGAACCCCAUUCGUCUCCUGCCCACCUCUCCGAAUUAGCCAUCGACUACAUCCCGGGAACCCUCUUCAACGCAUUCAAAACAACUCUUCUAAUUUACGAUUCUCCUCGCUAUCCAAAUACCAAACCAUCGCCUAUUUUCAAAAUGACAAUCGAAGGCAUGAAGAGAAUUACGAGUAUGUAUGUAUACGGCGGAAGCAUCAAAAAUGAGGAGAGGAAAGAGGAAGUGAUGUUAGGAGGUGCACAGUUUGAUAAAUUUAAUCGAAAGAUAGAGGUGCAGCAGUUAGGGAUAGAAGGGGUACAGAGAGAAUCGGAAUCGGGGAUGGAGCACUUUGGGGGUGGGAAGGGGAGGGAGAAUGAGGGAAGGUAUGACUGGAGAUUGCCUAGAGGUCAUGAGGGAGGGAAGGAAAAGAGUAAAGAAGACAAAGAGAGAAUCUUAGUUUGGCAACAAAAAAUCCCAUCGACGGCGCAAAAACUCUCAUUUUCAAACCCAAAUGCGGAGUUAAGGGAUAAAGAGUCGGGGGAUCUGUAUGCAGUGAUGAAGUAUGAUGUUUUUGCGGGGCGAGAUAUGAUGGGGAUACAGUACAGGGGAAGUCUCGGUGGUGAGAGUGAAGAAGAGAAACGGGAGUUUCAAAUGGGAGUUCUAAUUACAGGGUGUGUGGUUGUGGAGAGGGAAAGACAGAGGAUUGGGAGGAGGGGGACGAUUGGGAUGGGCUUGGGGAUUGGAUUGGCUUCAGGAUGAUGGGAAGAGGGUUUGAUAAGGAGUUGUGAGUGGGAAUUCUCGCAUGACAGUAUGUGUGGUGUUGAAGAAACUUUCGACAUGGCAAUUCUGUUAUUGGAAGCAAUGAUAGAAAUUUUUAGAUAUAUUUUUACAUCUGGGUAUCAAAUUCAUGGUCUCAAGAAGUUUCUACCUCGAUAGUUUCAUGCCAAAACUGCAAAAUCAAUGAUGGAUUA